AUGACCACAUCAACACAACAAUCUUCUUCAUCAACAACAACACUGGCAGCAACAUCUGUCCAAGCGUCCGCAUCAGUAGUGGCAGCAGCCGCUGCAACAAGCAAUAGCAACAUAAAUACAACAGGAGCGUCCACAAGUUCUAAUGGAUUAAAUAAUAUUGGCAACAUUGGUGGCACAAGUACCACUGCAACAACAGGUGCACCACCUCCCCUGUAUGAUGGUCCAUCCAGUAGUAAAAAUAGUCUUGUCGCUAAUGAAACUUUAGCUGUGCGUAAUUUGAAUUCACCGCUAUCGACAACAUCGGUGUCUUCGACAUUGUCGACGACACCCACAACAACAUCGGCUGCAUCAUCGUUGACCUCUUCGACAAGUUUUUCAUUGGGUUAUGGAGGCAGUGGUAAUGGUGGCCCAAAAUCAGAUUCAGCUGUUGCCUCGUCGUCGAAUAAUGUAACAAUGCCAACACAACACCAGGUAAUUGAGGGUGCCGCUAGCGUAAGUGUAGCUGGCAUUGUUGAUAGCAAUACAAUGCUGUCGGAUGCAUAUCAUCAUCAGCAAAUGCAACUGCAGUUGCAACAGCAGUUUGAGCAGCAUUAUCAAAUUCAAAGCUAUUAUCAAUCCCAACACCAGCAACAGCAGCAAUCAAAGCAAUAUCAAGGUUAUUAUGAACAAAACAUGUAUUUGCAGCAACAACAGCAGCAACAUCAGUCUCAAUCCCAGCAAAAGCCACCAUUAAUGGGCCAACAACAAAAUCUGUUAAUGUACAGUUCGUCGGAAAUGCACAGACCAGCGAUUCCCGUUGUUACGUAUCAUCACCAACAACAACAACAGCAUAUGCAACAUCAUCCUUCCUCAUCAUCCUCUGCUACCAUGACAGCAUCCAGACAAAGUAUACCGCCACCUCCACCACCACCUCCUCCUCCGCCAACAUCACAGCAGCCGCCACCACAAUCUAUUGUGCUAAUGGCUGCCAAUACAACAACAUCCUGUAUAACACAAUCAAAUGCAGCUGGUACUGCAACAACAACGAUAACAACUACAACAAAAGCUAACAACAACCACUUGUAUACACAACCACAACAACAAUCAAUGAAUUUUGUAAAUGUCCCAAAUGCUGUUGGAAGUGGAGGCGCUGUUGGUGGAGUUAGUGCAGGAAGAGUUGCAGGAUCCAGUGGUUGUGCAGUUUUCAAUGGUGGUAGUGGUAAUACCAUAGCAAUAGAGUUACGAACUUAUAAUCAACAACAACAACAGCAAACACAACAUCAUCAACAAUAUCACAAUAAUUUCAAUCAUCAUCACCAUCUUCAAAAUUCAACAAAUAAUCCAAAUAAUGCUGCUGGCACAGCUUCUUCUACAUCUUCGACAUUGCCAUUACCAUCAACUGCUGCAACACAACAACCAGCCGCUUCUUCUUCGUCAUCUGCAUCCGCAUCGGCGUCAUCAUCAUCUUCUACACCAUCGUCAUCAUCAUCAGCAUCAUUUGUACCGCCAUUAGUUCCACAAACAGCUCCGCCCGCUGUAAAUCUAAUUAUGGCCACUCAUGGCCAACAAAUACCACCACCACCGCCGCCAACAUUGCAAGCUUCUAAGUGGUUGAUAUGUUGGGUGCCCGGACAUAAUCCCUAUUGCAAUUAUGCUUUUAUGUUCAGUUGUUUCGGUCAUGAUCCCCAAAAUAAAUAG